AUGGCGGAAGCGGACAAGAAGGAUGGCGACUUUGUCCUUCACGUCACGGAAAAUCCAGACGAGGCGAUCUACUUCUACAAAGAGGUUGACGCCGCAUUACAGCCGCGUUCUCGGGACAUGCUCCUCAAGUACACCGCCAUACCUGAAGACCGACUCGUCUCACACAUCAAGGAAGCCCAGCGCCGAGCCUUCAAAGUCGCACCAUACUCGUCAGUCGGAUCCAUGACAUGGCUGAACCCGAUGAUCUUGUUGCACUUUGCAUACGAGAAGGUACUCGAGCGAGUCAAGAAUGGAGCGUCAAUCCUGGAUUGCGGAUGUAUGAUCGCACAAGACUUGAGGCAGUUGGCCUUUGACGGAGCUCCAACAGAUCACAUGUACGGCUUCGACCUGGAGCCAGAAUUCUUCGACAUCGGCUACGACUUCUUCCGAGACCGGCAGACAUUCCGUGGUAGUUUCAUGAAAGUCGACGCCGGUCAAGACUUCUCGGAGACGUCGUUGACAGAUCUCGUCGGCAAGAUAGACGUCAUCUGGUGUGCCAAAUUCAUCCACCUCUACGAUUAUGACGACCAGAUCGCAAUGGCUAGCAAGCUCGUGCGACUCUUGAAGCCUCGGCCUGGUUCUAUGUUUGUGGGUUCGCAGAAUGGGUUUCCUGGAGGCAAGCAAAUGAAGCUCAGCGGUGCGGGUUCGAUGGGGAGCAAGACCAACACUACGUUCCUGUGUGAUGUACAUCAGCUGAAGGAGAUCUGGAAGGAGGUCAGCAAGCGCACGGGGUUGGACUUCGACGUAGAGGGGACUCUGCUGAAUUUGAGGACCAUUGGAAGGCAUAAGGACAAUGGGAGCGAAUAUCACAAGGUCAUUGGGUAUAAUCUUCAGUAUCUUAUCACCAUUAAGUAG